AUGGAAUCCAUUAUCCCGGGCUGCCCGCCGGCCACCGGGAAGGUGCAUAUCCAUGGAAAGAAUAGAAAUCUGCGUUCAGCUAGAUUUUUCAAGGUUAUUUCCUGCCACUUGCAUGCUCUAAAAUAUAAUUUAUAUGCCACCUAUAAUUUCUUCAACUCCCCAGUCUCUUCUUCAGACAAACUAUUGUCUGAUAUUAGAAGCCCGAGUGUCGACCUGAACGACAUACUUUUUGGAGAUCAAAUUACGAGUGAUCCUAGACUACCAGAUCAUGUAGAAGAGGACUGGGAAGACAUUUACGCAAAAAUGAUUCAGCAGAUGUAUAACACUACCAGUGUCAUAUUACCAUCACCUAUACGAAUCAUCGCUAAGCACACCCACACAGACAAGAAAAAUGUGCCUGAAUUCUCCAAACAUGCCCACUCUAUCUUUGAUUCAGAAUCCCUUUCGAUCAAGGACUUAUUCUCAUAUCGACAACUUCGAUCAGAAAACCUUCUUCACCGUAUGAUACAUUGUCUCAAUGUCAAUUGCGAAGAUCAAUCUUCAAUCAUUCGCCUCUCUAAAGGUGUUUUCGUACAUCAAAAAUGGCAGACCGUGCCAAAAUGCAACUCCCCGACCUUGUCCAUGUUUGAAGACUGCUUCUUGCAGAGUCUAGACAAUGUCGAUGCGCCUAUUGAUACAUUUGACUACAGCUCUCUAGAUUUUAUCUCGUCACAGACAACACCAAGCUCAAUAUCAGCAUCAACUUGGUCUAGUACAGUUGCAACCUUCAUUCCUUAUAGUUACACUUUUGGUGUUCGAUACACAAACCCCUAUGGUGGUGCAAGUGAUGUUUUGAUUCGCGGUCGAUUACCACUCUGGUGCCACAAUCUUUUCUUGGCUGAAUGCGCGCGUCAAAUGCCCAUCAAACCUAAUGAAACCCGGUACGGUUUAUUUCCGUUUGCCCCUCAUGUUCCUGUUACCUUUGGCAGCAUGGACAAUUACGCUGCAACAAUCGAAGGAGAACCAACUCCAGAUCUCACAGUCGUAUACGAACGUAUUGCAAUGGAAUUAAUUGAACCCGAAUUUGCAUACGACGAGUUUCACGAUUCUGCUAAUGUUAAACAAGAAAUUCUCAAACAUAUUUUGUAUUGUGAUAUCCCAGACAAUGUUGCUCAAUGGCUAUCUAGUCUUGCCGAUUCAUGGGCAACUCCUCCAAUCUUCUUUUCUUAA